ACACGUGAUAGAGACAGGAAACCAAAAUCAGUGGAUUCCCCAACAACCACCCGACUUACAGAUGCUUUCGCUUUGAAACGUUAAAAAGACAUUACAGUUUAAAGCACAGCACAUAUCUAAAGAGCGUCAUGUGUAGUGAAAUCUACAUAAUCUGAAGCAAAGUGACGCAAAGUUGGGGCUCAGCUACAGAUAAAUCGAGGCGCGCUACAGUCUGCGUAAUCAUCUGAGAUCAGGAAUGGAUGUUCGUGUUUAGGAAGACUGUUUGGGUGGGAAUGAUCUGUCGCGUCCGAAAGCUUUGUUUCCUGCACAAAAAAAGAGAAAGAGAGAGAGAGAUCUCCCUCGUUCACGACGUGUCCUCAUUCUUCCACCGCAACCGAACGCGUCGAAGUUUAUCGAGCCCCGAAGUUAGCGAAAAGCAAUACCUUGCGCAUGCGCAGUUCGGACCUCACCAUCCUGCUCAAAAUAAGAGUUAAAAGAGAAACGAGGGGGAAAAUGACAGACACACCCGCCAGCAACAGCUCUGCCCCAGGAGCAGAUUUUGACAUGAUCGCUGCUCUUGAUUGGAAGGAUGGCAUCGCUACAUUACCCGGCAGUGAAAUCAGGUUCCGGAUGACAGAAUUUGGGACACUUGAGAUCGUAACGGAUCCAGAGCCUAAAGACAAAGAAGAGGAGUCUUCAGGCCCACAGUCACAAACUACACCGUCUAAUGGCUCAUCAGACCCACACAACCAUUCAAAAGUGUCAGAAACGGCAAAACCACGUGCAGGGCCGUCUGCAACGCAGACCUGUAGCUCCAGCACAGUGAGCACCAGUAGAGAGGGGCGCUCCAACGUGGAGAUGGCCAGCUGUAAGUCCUGUGGCCACGCUGGUUCACGGGAGUCUUUUCUCCAGGGAAAAUUCUGCAGUACCGGCUGUGUACAGCCCAGCAGUGGAAGGUCAACUCCAGGUGAUACAGUGGAAGGUGAACGUUUAGGUAAACGAAUCAGGAAGAAGAAGAAGAUGUUCAUGGAGUCUGAGGAUGAUGAGGAGGACAAUGUUGAGGAAGAGGAGGAGAAGUUUAGAGUCUCAAAAGGCAGAAAAGCAGCCAAACUUGCCAGAUUAGUAACAGCUGCACCUUCAAAGAAGAAGGCGUGGAGCUGGCCAGCCUAUUUGGAGGAAGAGAAAGCUGUGUCAACCCCCUUAAAAUUAUUUAAAGAGCACCAGACCUUUCCUCAGAGCAGGAAUGCCUUUAAGGUUGGAAUGAAGUUGGAGGGCCUGGAUCCGUGCCAUCCUGCUUUCUUCUGUGUGCUUACUGUGGCAGAGGUUCAAGGUUACAGAAUAAGACUUCAUUUCGAUGGUUUUCCUGAAUGCUAUGACUUCUGGGUAAAUGCUGACUCGUGGGAUGUGAAACCACCAGGCUGGUGUGAGAAAAUGGGCCUCAAACUAUUGCUGCCCAAAGGUUGCAGAGAUGGAGAAUUUAAUUGGAAUACUUAUGUAAAGAACUGCAGGGGGCAACUGGCACCCAAACAUAUCUUUAAAAGUCUUAAUACAUCAGUGACCCCCUCAGGCUUUCGUGCUGGGAUGAAGCUAGAGGCUGUUGACAGGAAAAACCCAUCUCUCAUUUGUGUAGCCACAAUUUCCGCUGUUGUGGAUAACCGUCUCCUUAUCCAUUUUGAUAACUGGGAUGAGACAUAUGAUUACUGGUGUGAUGCCAGCAGCCCGUAUAUUCAUCCAGUUGGGUAUUGUGAGGAAGCAAAGUUAACACUGACCACACCUGCAGAGUACAAACAAUCAAAGAGUUUCUCAUGGGAGAAAUACCUAGAAGAGACUGGGACCCAAGCAGCGCCUGCUAGAGCCUUCAAACAGAGACCGCCACAUGGCUUCCAGGUGGGAAUGAAGUUGGAGGCAGUGGACAAGCGCAACCCCAUGCUGAUCCGUGUUGCCACUAUAUCAGACACAGAGGAUCACAGGGUCAAGAUACAUUUUGAUGGUUGGAGCAAUGAAUACAAUUACUGGGUGGAUGCUGAUAGCCCCGAACUGCACCCUGUAGGAUGGUGUCAAAAGACUAGUCAUCCUUUGCAGAACCCCAGUUGUACUAGUGACCCCCACUUACCUCCAGGACAAGGCUGCCCUACUCCAGGAUGCAAUGGGGUUGGACACAUUAAAGGACCUCGCUAUGGAACACAUUACACGGCUGUUAGCUGUCCUUACUCUGAACUGAAUCUGAAUAAGGAGGGGCUGCUGCCUGACAGGCUAAGUGGAGAGCGACCUGUGACCCUGAGUGGACCUCCACGGCACAGGCGCACAGAAUCAAUAACACAGACUCCCGCUACAACACCCACAGGCAGCAACCCUGAAACCAAUGACAACACGGACAACUCCUCACCCGUCAAGGUUGCCACUUCAGCCAAGUGCACAAAGCCGAAUCAGGUUAAGCAUGAAGGAAAUGGAAAAGCAGACUCUCUGCAGCAGUUCUUGCAUGACUCUGUUUUCUGUGGCUGGGAGCCACCUAAGUUUCAGCACUGCUGGGAGAAACAUGGCAAAUUGUUGCCGGAAGCACUGGGACUUAGUGCAAAGACCGUAGCCAAGUGGAGCACAGAAGAGGUUGCAACUUUUGUGAGAAAGCUACCAGGCUGCCGGGAACAUGCUACCAUUUUCAGGAAUGAGCAAAUCGACGGUGAAGCCUUCCUUCUUCUCACCCAGUCUGACAUUGUAAAGAUUCUAAGUAUCAAGCUUGGCCCUGCUUUGAAAAUCUAUAACUGCAUUCUGAUGCUAAGGAGUGUGGACGAGGAAUAGCACCCACACGUCCUGAAAACCUGCCUUAGUGCUUCUGUUUUUCUCAGCAACCACAGGGCAAUAUUUUUUUCCUUCAUUUUUUUUUUUUAAUCAACUGUGUGACAGAUUUACAAAGGCGAUAAUUCCGCAUUGUAUGUUGUCACUGAGGUUGCCAUAUAAUGAACAAGUAGUUCAGAAAAUUAAACAGACUGGAUUUUUUUUCUGCUUAAAAGCAGUUUUCUGUGAUUGUCCUGUUAAAAACUGGGCAUCAGAAUGUACAGGUUUGGUAAAAGUGUAAAGGUCAUUGGAGAACUAUGCUGCUAAACAGGCACAAAUCUUUUUUUCUUCUUCUACUUCUUUUUUCUUCUCUUCUCUUGUAUUUUUUUUCUUGUAUCAGUCCUGAAAGUUUUCAUCAUUUGAUUCUUAUUAACUUAUUGCUACUUUGAUUUUUAUUAACUCUCGUCUCAAAAGUGCAUGGUUUUGAGGCACUGCAAUAUCAAUGCAUUAUUAUUAUUUAUGAUUUUUAUGGUUACUAAUUGUAUAAAAAAAAAAAAAAAUUGGUUUUGAAAGUGUGAACAAAUUAUACAUUGGUGGAGCUUUUACUUGAAAUGUACAAAGAAAUUUUUUAAUUGAUGCAACAAAAAGAAAAAAAGACUUUUGUAUAUGAACCCACAUCAUACCCACACUGUUUAGAAUGGGUGUAUGAAAGACCACUUGGAUGAGGGAUCUGCUUGUGGGUGUGUGUGUGUGUGCUCAUGUGGGUGUGUCUGUAUAAACCAGAGAGAGACUGUACAUAUUUUACUUUGCAUCAGGGAAUCUCUUAGUUCAGUCAGAUCUUAAAAUGAAUGUCUAAUUUGCUAUGUAGCAGUGCUGAAAUUGUGCUUUGUGAAAUCCAUUUAAAAAUGUGUAAAUUGAUGUACAGGGAUGGUGGAGUGGGUGUAUGAGUGAGAGGAACUGGACUUAAAGACAGAUUGUGUUGAAAAUCAGAUGAAAUGUAAGCUGUAAUGCUCGAAGUCUUAACUCUUUAAAUAAAACAAGCUCUGAGUUACAGCUUUAA